GGUGAUUGCAUGAGGACGGUGUGAGACAGAUCUAAAGAUUUUCCCGGAAGCGAUACGAUCUCAGAGUUUGAUUGAGACCCAAGUGACUAUAGAAUCCACAGGGGAUAGUGUCAAUCUCUCCGCCAGCAUCUAUUAGCUGGAUGACCCCUGCAUCCCUGCUCACCUUUCUCAUCACCCUCUGUUAUAUACAGAGUGAAGCAGGUCAGGUGUUGGAGAGAACCAUCGAGGAGUGGAUAAGAUACAAAGAUGAAUGCUACAGACAGAUCUCCAGCAAUCCACACACAACAGGGCUGCACUGUAACCGCACAUUUGACUUAUAUGCUUGUUGGCCAGAUGGAACUCCAGGAACUAUCACUAAUGUAUCCUGUCCUUACUAUUUACCCUGGUUCCAGAAAGUGAGUCAUGGACUGGUAUUACGACGCUGUGGGCUGGAUGGAAACUGGGUUGCGGUGAAUGGGACACAUCCCUGGAGGGACUCAUCGCAGUGCGAGGAUGACUAUGAAGGGACAAGAGAUGAGGUUGUGUCCCCUGAUUUGUUACUCAGUUUCCAAGCUCUGUACACUGUGGGCUACUCUUUGUCUUUACUGACCCUCCUAUCAGCGCUGGGGAUACUCACCAUGUGCAGGAAGCUGCGCUGCACCAGAAAUUAUAUCCACGCCAAUCUGUUCUUAUCCUUCGCCCUGCGCGGGAUCUCUGUCAUUGUAAAGGACAUCCUACUGAAGAAACGGUGGGGAAUGCAAAUCACUGAGGUCUCUGAUUGGGAAGUUCUGAUCAGCAAUGAAGCAGCGAUUGGAUGUCGUAUGGCCCAGGUUGUAAUGCAAUACUGCAUCUUGGCCAAUCAUUAUUGGUUUGUGGUGGAGGCUGUAUACCUGUAUAAUCUGCUGAUUGGAGCAGGUUUCUUCGAAAAGAACAUUUAUGUCCUGUACAUGUAUCUCGGUUGGGGGACUCCGGUUCUGUUUGUGGUUCCCUGGGUGACACUGAAAUACAUGAAGGAAAACUCAGAAUGCUGGGCCUUAAAUGACAACAUGGGCUACUGGUGGGUAAUCCGGAUUCCUAUCCUGCUGGCCUCUAUGAUAAACUUUGUGAUCUUUAUGAAAAUAUUGAAGAUGAUCUUGUCCAAGCUGCGAGACAAUCAGAAAGGGUACCCAGACUACAAGCUAAGGUUGGCCAAAGCUACACUAACACUCAUUCCAUUGUUUGGGAUCCACGAAGUCGUGUUUAUCUUUGGCACGGACGAGCAGACAUCGGGUAUACUACAUUAUAUUAAAGUAUUUUUUAGCCUCUUCCUCAACUCGUUUCAGGGGUUUCUGGUAGCUGUAUUAUACUGUUUUGCUAAUAAAGAGGUCAGGUCAGAGUUUAGGAAGAAAUGGCAGUUGUGGAGGAUGGACCGGACAGCCUCUCUCUGUUUUCGAUGACUUGUGCCUUCCCCAUAUCUCCCACCAGAAGUAGCUGGGAUCUGAUGGAUUUCAGGAAAAAGGCAUGCACAGUAAAUGAAAGAGGGGUUCAUGUAAAUGUGAAUGUGACAGGAAACAACAGACCACAAGAAGUUAAAUUGUAACUGUGAUGAUAACAUCUAUAUAUUCUUUUCUCCACCCUCUUAACGUGCUUACACAUCCUAAAAAUAGAUCUAAACGAAACCAGAAGUGCUUUUCAACCCUGGACAAUCUCCGUAAUCUUCUCUUCACAUACAGCUCCCAACCUAAAUGUCCUUCAAAAAUACCCCCCCGCCCCCAUUCUCCAAACUAUAAGCUAUAGGUUUUCAUUCUUAAUCGACCAUUCAAGAACUUCCACAUCUCUCAUCAUUCACCUCCUUCUAGAACUCUACCAGUCCAACCAUGGACUCAAAUGUCCUCAUUCACUUCUACUGUAACAUCAACCUUCUACAUAUUUUACAAACUGGACCUAAAUGCCUUCCUUGCUACUCCAUAUCACCAGAUUUAACCACUUACUCGCUUUUCUAUCCAACAGAUCAUUGAUAACUUCCACCUUUACUUCCUGUUGUCACAAAUAUACCCUUACUCUGACUUCUAGCUAACCCUUCUCCAGUAGUCAUAUCAACCCACCUAAUUCUAAAUUUUUUUU